AUGAAGUAUAUUAUUAAUAGUUAUAUGUUUAUUCAUAAUAAAGAAUUGUAUGGGUGUUCACUAAAAUAGUAAGAGUAAGAAACUUUGAUUGCAUUGACUACAUUUGGAGAAGGAACCUAAGAAUUAUUGGGUAUAUAUAUAAUAUUAAUAAAGUAUUAUCCAAUAAGGAUGAUGAUUUAUAGAAAAAAUCUUAAAUCAAUCUUGAUUCCAAAUUUGUUAUUCAAAUAAUGUUACUUAAUGAAUUAAUAGUUGUUGCAGGUGAAAGUUUCCAAAUCUUCAAGUAUUCUAAUACAAAAAUUGAUCAUCUUGUAGAUCUAUAAUCUAAUGAAGUGAUUUCUUGUUUUGACAAUGUUAAUAAUCAAAAGAUUAUUUCUGGUUCCAUUAAUUCAAUUCUAACUAUAUGGGACAUCAAUACUUAAAAACCUCUUUCACAAACAUAAGUCUUCCAAAAUCAAGAAAUUUAUGACUUGAGUUUAAGUGCUGAUGGUAAUGUUGGAUCAUUGAUUACCAAUAAAAAUGGACUCUUUCGUUUUGAUGUAAGACUUAAUUAAAUAUUUCCAUUCUAAACCAGACAAUCAUUAAAAUAUAGCAAAAUCAAUUAUAAUAAAUUUGAUAACUCUUAUGUAAUGGCAAUUGAUCAAGAAAAUGGUAUCAUCGAUUUAUAUGAUACAAGACAAAUACAAUAAACCUGUUAAAGAAUCAGAUGUUAAGACAUUAUAUCAAAUGCUGAUUGGUUGAUAAACUCACUUAUUAUUUCAGCUUGUCAAGAAGGCAAUGUUGAAAUCAUAGAAAUGGAUACUCAUCUAAAGAAAUAUUAAAUUCACAAAGAAUAUACAAUAGAUAAUAUGUAAAUUUAUGACAACAUAGUUGGUUUGAUAUCUGCCAAUCAUUUUGGAUUGAUUUACCUAAAAAAAUGA